GUUCAUCAACUCCAACACUGCAAUCUGUCUCAAAUCGGUCAUAAAAUACACAUAACACUACAUUGCAGCUUGACGGGCUGAUGCAAUGUAUUUUUCUUGAUAAAGAAGCGACAAUUUGCCGAAACAAACGUCCAACAAUCAUCACUGCAAGCUAUUUCAACCUUGAAAGCACCAAGCUGAUUGUUGGGUCAGGAGACAGCCAUCAUCACAAUCACAGUACACGAAUCUACAAGCCUUGACCAAACAAUCGCCAGCAACGUCAAGAUGCAUCUCCCUAAGCUUCCACCCAAGGCAGCCUACCUACUUAUCGACAACCCAGCCCGACGCAAUGCUCUCAGCCUGGCAACGCUGCAGUCCCUCCGCUCCCAAUUGACGGCGCACCUCACCCCGCCCAAGACGAGCCGACCGCUCUCCCUACCACCCUUCCAACCAUCCCUUCUCGCAACCCUCCAAACAGCCACCGACAAAGAUUCCGACCCGCACGGCUGGCUCGUCAACACGGCAGACUGGACCAGCGGCGGUCUCCCGUCUGUCAUCGUGCUCCGCCCCUCCACCGCCGGCAAGGUGUUUAGCUCAGGCCACGACCUGGGCGAGCUGGCAUCGCUAAGCCCGGCCGACGUCAAUCAAACAUUCGCCCUCUGCGCGGACCUCAUGUCCCUGAUCCGCCACAGCCCCGUCCCCAUCGUCGCCGCCGUCGACGGCCUCGCCACCGCCGCCGGCUGCCAGCUCGCCCUGACCGCCGACGUGACCAUCGCCUCGGCCCGCUCCGCCUUCCAGCUCCCCGGCGCCGCGCUGGGCCUGCCCUGCACGUCUCCCGCCGUCGCUCUCGCCCGACGCCUGCCGCCGGGCCUCGUCCAGCGCAUGCUGUACACGGGCGAGCCCGUCCCGGCCGCGGAGCUGGGCGGUGUCGGCGCGGUGGAGGUCGUGCCGGGCGACGAGUCCGCGUUCGAGGAGCGGCUGGCGUCCGUCGUGGCCGGCAUGGCGGCGCAGGCGGCGCAGCCCAGGGCGCUGGCCAAGUGGGCGUACUGGACGCAGGUCGGCAUGCGCGAGCGCGGGGACGGGCUCGAGGACGCGCUGCGGUGGGCGGGCGAGGUCAUGGCGCUGCACGCCAGGGCAGGCGAUGCGAGGGAGGGCAUGGCGGCGUUCUUGGGCAAGAGGAAGCCCGUCUGGAAGACGUAGUGAGCAUUUGGGGGGUUGAUUGAGGCCUGCUAUGUAACCUUGGGAAAAUGUGGAAAAAGAAACAAAGGAGAAAACGCCCCCAGAGGUGCAAUCACGAGCGCUCAAGCUCCCAAGAAAAUAAAGAGGCAGGGAAAUAUCGUGUUCUUCAGCUCGUAUGCUGGGCUUUCAAUCUGUGCGCAUUGAUGCGAAACUGUGCCCAGAGCAAAUGGGUCGAUUCGAGGCCGAGCCCAGCCAAUGAACAAGCAAUGGAGGAACACGAGAAUCAUUGUGCCGGCUCUGACUUGGCCUUGGUCCAAUAUAAGAACCACAUCGCCAAUCGUUGUUGCUGCUCAUAGGUAAGUAUUUAGUCUAGAUCAUAAAACGCUCUCUUGUGUUCGG